CACAGCGCCUCGCCCACAGUUUUUUGGAGCCGGGCCACAGUAUCUGAGGUUUCGAAGAAGCGCACUUGAUGGUUUUAGAAGAGUCAGGAGGGCUUCACAUUUUGGCUGGUUUGCAUGGAACAGCAGCAGCGGCGCGGGGCAAAUUAUUUCAUCACAGGAAGUUAUUGGAUGGAGGCACCUCGGAAGCCCCAGGCUGGAGCAGAGGACCCAUCUUUGCUGAGGUCCUACCGGUGGGAGACCGUUCUACAGAAUGGGGAGAAGAUUCCCAGACUGGAUCCUCCUAAUCACCAUGGGUCGGCCGGCAGUCGGCACAAGGGCAAGCUACAAAAAUGGAAGCGGACACAAAGCCAUCCAGAAACUGAACUUUCUCUGUCCAGUAACGAAAAGCCACCCCAGGCAUCUCCCCGAGAGAAUACAGCUGUUCCUAAGAGGUCUGUCUUCCAGAGGGCUUUCUCCACCCCUGCCAAGAUGCCCAAGGAACAUGAAGGAAGCAGUAAAUUGAGCCUAAGGAAGUAUUUACGCUCCAUGUCCCACCGGAAGAACCAAGACAGCACACCUAGAUCUGAAAGAGAAGCAAUCAAAGGUGGUGAUUCUUCUGUCCUGCUGGCUCCAGGUGUUACUCCUCACUCUCACCUUUGGGAUGUGGCCAGCGUGUCUCUACAAGAUCGGCAGUUGGUGAUCCUGGGCAGAGAAGAGGAGGGUCAACUCCAGAAUCGGAAACGAACCAGUAGUUCUGUUUCAGAGACAAGUUCAUUAUACCGACCAGUGAAUCAGAGGGACAUUGAGAUAGCAGCUGAGGGACGAAGCUUCCUAGAUUCUCGGACCCCAGAAAAAAGGCCCUUCCAGGAAGCUUCUUCUGGAACACAACUCAGCAAUGUCAAGGGCUUGCUGUGGAAACGUAUCAGGGACAGAAAAGGUCGAUUCCAGGCCAAGGCUGAUUCCUCAUCAGGACUUGCUGUGAAUGGUGCUGGGGAUGUGCUGCCUGGCCCUACUGUUCUCCUGGACUUGGACAAUGAGAAGGACAUCUUGAUCCGCCCGCUUCACAGUAGCCUCCUGGGGGAGCAGUAUUGCUUUGAGGUUCUGAGUGCUGGAGGGAGGCGCUGCUUCAAGUGCGCUUCUGCUGCUGAGAGGACCCGUUCAAUGGAGGACUGGCGCCGAGCGGUCCAGCCCAGCAUGGACAACUGUGAACGGACUGAACGUAUGCUGAGCCUUUGGGUGUACGAGGCCCGGGACCUGGCUCCUCGGAGGCCCUAUCUCUGUGAGCUGCGACUGGAUGGAGCUCUGUAUGCUCGCACCACCACUAAACGGGCCAGUCCCACUGGAACCAUCUUCUGGGGAGAGCACUUUGACCUGAAGACUCUGCCACCAGCUGAGGAGCUGCACGUCUGCCUAGUGCAGGAGGAAGAGGGGCUCAAAGCAGGCAGCCUUAUCACCAGUGUGGCCAUCCCUUUAAAGGAGCUGGCUGCUGUGCGGCAGCCCUUGGAAAGGUGGUAUCCUCUGGGCAGGGACAGGCCAAACCUGUCCACCCUCCGUCUUCGAGGACGCUAUUGCAACAUCCGUGUGCUACCCAUUGUGCGGUACAAAGAGUUUGCAGAGUAUCUCACUUUCCAUUACCAGGAGCUGUGUGCUGGGCUGGAGCACAGCCUCAGCGCCAGAGACAAGGAGGAGUUGACCAGCGUCUUGGUGCGCGUCUUGCAAAGCACAGGCAAAGCCAAGGACUUUUUGAUUGAUUUGGGAUUGGCAGAGCUGGACCGUUUUGAUGAACGAGAAGCCUUGCUUUUCCGUGAGAACACUCUUGCUACCAAGGCCAUUGAUGAGUACAUGAAGCUGGUGGGAGGCCCAUAUCUUUUGGCCACACUAGGUGACAUUGUUGCCCGACCAUGUUCUCUGGAGGACAAGUGUGAAGUGGACCCCAGCAAAUGUGCACCAUUUGACCUUGCGGACAACCGCAGCAACCUACAGCAUCUCUGUGAAGAGGUCUUCCGGAAGAUUGCUGAGUCUAUCCAUGCUUUUCCUGCUGAGCUGAGUGAGGUCUUCACUGCCUGGCAAGAGGCAUGUCAACUGCGGGGCAAACCUGGGAUUGGCCAGCGACUCAUUUCAGCUUCCCUCUUCUUACGCUUCCUCUGCCCAGCCAUCAUGUCCCCCAGCCUCUUUGGACUCACUCAGGCAUACCCGAACGAUGGCACCUCCCGCACCCUCACCUUGGUGGCCAAAGUAAUCCAGAAUUUGGCCAACUUUACCACAUUUGGGGAGAAGGAAGCCUAUAUGAGUUUCAUGAAUGAGUUUCUGGAGCAGAACUGGGGUUCCAUGAAGUCUUUCCUCAGCAGCGUAUCAAGUCCUGGCAGUGCUAUCCACAUGGUUGCCUUUGAUGACUCCAUUGACUUAGCCCUGGAGCUGUCCAUCCUGCACUCACUGCUCUGCAACAUCUUCUCCUCUCUAGAACCGCGAACACAGGAGAGUUUGGAGCCUCUGCCCACCAUCCUUCAUGCCAUACAAGAGGGAACACCAGUACCUGUCUCUGUUCGACUUGGACCAAACACGGUGGCAAGCCAUUCCAGACAGGCAGAAAACCAGAAGCCAGGAUUUGUGCCACCGCGGGAGCUGGACAAGCACAGCCCUUUGAUCAAGAGCCAGUCCAUGACCAGCAUACAGAAGGGACAAAGGAAGGAAGAGCCACUGCCCCCUGUGCAGCCACCCAAAGCCCGGAGCAAAGUGCAGCGCACUCAAAGCGUCCCAACCCAGACCAAGGGUGGUCGGCGUCUCCAAAAGCAGAACAGCAUGGAGCAUGUGGCUGACAGCAGCCCUGAGCCCAGUAUUUCUGGCUCACACCAAAGCAAGGCCAUGCAGGGUUAUUCAAAGCUCCGUCCAUCUGCAUCACUUCCUAGGAAACCUACCGUGCCCUGGCUACGGCACUCGGAGGAGGCAGCUGCAACUCAGAAUGGCCUGUAUGCCCUGCAUCCACUGGAAGAGUAUGGGAGACAUUUGGAACAACUGCAGGCUGAAGUGACCACAGCCAAAGAGAAGCAGAUGCUAUUUCAGGAACAGCUGGAAAAUCUGACUGCUCAGAAUCAAGUGCUUCUGGAAGAAAAAACAAAGUUUCAGGAACAGGAAGAGAUUCUCUAUAAGAGGCUGGAGGAGACGGAGAGCUGCCUUGUUCAGCUUAUCAGCAGAGUAUCGAGUCUAGAGGCCAGCUUGAAGAAAGAUUAUGGGAAGCUUCUAGCCAGUGAGGAGAAGACCAAACAACUGGAACACCGUCUGUCUGGAAUGGAGAGGGACCACGACCAGCUUCUUCGUGCUGUAAGCCAGAUGCUGGGCCAUCAAGGGAAGUCGUCCAAUUCACUGCAGCGACCACUCUCAGGACCGGUGUGGGUGAACAGGACUGAGAAUGGGGAUGAGACCUAGCUCAGCUUUCUUCAGAUCUUGACUUGCAAAGCUGUAUUUCCUCUGGUGCCUUUGUAAAAAUCAGCUAAACCAGGAGAAGCUCUUUUGCCUUGCAGAUGUAAAGGAUGACCUCCCCAUCAGGCCCUCUAAGAGUGACUCUGGUGGGUGCAAUGUGUUGUGAUGCAGCUCUGUUCUUCUAGCCUCUGUGCCUUUCACCUUCUGCUUAGUUUCCAAUUCAGAAUGGUUAUUUCUUCUAGAACAUCCCUGCUUGAGAGUAUGCUCCUUUCUUUUGCAUAGUGUCUCUGCUGCUUUGCCCCACAGGGACUACAGCAUCUUCUUCUUUGAUGAAAUCUACAUUUUCUCUUCCUUUUCCCCCUCAACAUUUUCUUCUUGCAAGUGAACCUCAAAAUACAGGUAUUAAUGUCAAGGGCACCUCAGUGUGCUCUCCAUGUGAUGGACAGUGGUCUGAUUUGGGUGAAGGAGAUGACUCUCUGGCCCUGCCAACAAUUCCUCUUCCAUUCCUAUACAUUGCUGUUUCUUGCUUAAAUAUAGUCACUUGCUGUACUACAAGUCUGGCUGAGGAAGUUCCUUGGAGAUGCUGGGGGAAUUGGAUCUGUGCAGAUUGAGAUUGCACACAUUUCACCUCCCUUUCUCUUUUGCACUCUAGCUCAGAUCCCUCUUACACUUUUUGUAUAUUUUUGGGUUAUGUGGUCAAGGCUCCUUUUUAACUAUUUUGGAUUUCUCCUACCAUGAAGGAUACCUGGAGCUAUAUCUUGAAAAAGUUACUUUUUGGACUGCUACUAUCAGAACUGCCAGCUUGUAUGGCCAGUGGGA